AUGGAUUCAUUAUCGCGGGAUCUCGAAAAGGCUGAAUUGGAGGCAUACCGUGCAUCAAGCCGCCGUCAGAGCCUCAAUAAUGGCGGCCGUGCCUCUCGGUCUGACUCCCUCUCACCCUCAGUCACGUCUUCCAGCUCGUCAACACAAGCGCAAGAGGGCGACUACUACUUGUCGCAGAUUCAGACUGCCCAGACGCUACGAGGUGCUGGUCUAGAACGACAUCCAACAGCACUGAGUCGCAUUGCGACUCAGAGAAGCCAGCAUAGCGCCACUGUGGGUGCUCUUAAGCCAGUGGUGUCAAAGAGGCCUCUGGCAGAAUUUGGCGCAGGAAAGCCCUAUCCCCCGCCGCUUCCAGAGAGAGAGGAAUAUGUCGUCGAGUUUGCUGAUGCGGAUGAUCCUCUGCAUCCUCAGAACUGGCCUAUCAAGAAGAAGAUUGCAGUUUCCGCCAUGCUGGCAUACACGACUUUCAAUGCGACUUUCACAAGCAGCAUCUACUCUACCGCCAAUUCGGUUGUGUCAUCGAAGUUUCAUGUCUCUACCGAAGUAGGUACUCUGGGCCUCUCACUGUAUGUCUUGGGGUUUGCGUGUGGUCCAACAUUUUUCUCGCCGUUGUCUGAGCUACAAGGCCGGCGUCUACCCAUUCUGAUUGGCAUGUUCGGCUUUACCGUCUUCCAGUUUGCAGUGGCUACCGCGGAAAACCUCCAAACGAUAAUAAUAUGUCGUUUUUUCGGUGGCUUUUUUGGAUCGUGUCCCAUUGCUGUUGUUGCCGCGGUGUUCUCUGACAUCUAUGACAACCGCCAUCGAGGCCUCGCGAUCACGGUUUUUACCAUGACAGUCUUUACCGGCCCGCUCUUUGCUCCUUUCAUCGGUGGCUUCAUCGUUGAAAGUUACCUAGGCUGGCGUUGGACGGAAUACCUCACUGGAAUCAUGGGCGCCUCGGCUUUUGUUCUAGAUUUGUUCUUUCUGGAGGAGACAUAUCCUCCAGUUGUGCUAAUUAAGAAAGCUGCUGAGCUACGUCGGCGAACGAGAAAUUGGGGCAUUCACGCGAAGCAAGAGGAGAUCGAGGUUGAAUUUGGAGAGCUGAUCCGCAAGAAUUUCAGUCGUCCACUACGGAUCUUGUUCACUGAACCGAUCGUGCUCCUGCUAAGCAUCUACAUGGCAUUCCUCUAUGGCUUGCUAUAUCUAUUCUUGACCGCAUACCCAAUUGUCUUUCAGGGCAUCCACGGUUUCAAUAAAGGCGUUGGGGGGCUUCCUUAUUUUGGGAUAAUCAUCGGCGAAUUUCUGGGCGGGAUAUUUAUUAUUAUGCUCCAGCCGUGGUAUAACAGACAACUGAGUGCCUAUAAGGACAUACCCAUCCCCGAAUGGCGUCUACCCCCGGCCAUUAUAGGUGGGGUUGCCUUUUCCGGCGGUCUUUUCUGGUUCGGUUGGUCAGGGUACAGAUCUGAUAUACAUUGGAUCGUGCCGACUCUGUCAGGUCUCCUAACCGGCUUCGGACUUUUUUGCAUUUUUCUGCAAUGUCUCAACUAUAUUGUCGAUGCCUAUCUCGUCUUUGCUGCUUCAGCCUUGGCUGCAAAUAGUGUUUUGCGUUCUAUAGCUGGUGCAGGAUUCCCACUUUUUUCAACCUAUAUGUUUAAUGCUCUAGGCGUCAACUGGACUGGAACUCUUCUUGGAUGCGUCGCUGCCAUCAUGAUGCCCAUUCCGCUCCUCUUCUACUUGUACGGACCCAGGAUCCGUGAGAAGAGCAAGUUCGCAAUGGAAUAUAUUGUAGCCGUUCAGGCUCACAACGAUGAGCAUGCAGAAUGA